CGUGGGUCUAGGUACUCGAUCUCACAACAACGUACAUUUGACAUUUCCCAACACAAUAUUGUUACUAUUUCCACAACAGUCUCACGUCAAAGUAAAAUCCGUGGGCACCUUUUGCAGUACAAGAUGCCUAGAAGUCGCAGAACCCGUGCAGUGGCUGAGAGUCGCCAUGGAAGCGCGCCGUACUUCUAUGAACGCUCGAUUCCAGGGAGGCGAAUCAUUUCUAGUGAGGAGUUCAAUUUCUUCACUCCCCCAGAAUCAGAUAAACAAUUGAAAGUUGUAAGUAUUGAUUUGGAGAAAAAAAGAAAUAGUGCGGAGCAUCACACAGAAGAGUAUGAAGUAGAAGAACUGGUAGUACGUCGUGGACAAAAAUUUCAUUUGACUGUAUUCUUGAACCAAGAAUUUAAAGAAGACAGUCACAAAAUUGAACUGGAGCUGAGAGCAGGGAAACGACCACGUAUCAAUUAUGGCACUAGAGUUCCCAUACCACAAGUGACCACAUCACAGGAAGACGACUGGGGAAUACACGUUGUAAAAUUUGAAGGGAACAAAAUAGAAUGUGUUGUCUACUCUGCCGCUGAUUGCCUUGUUACAAAGUAUAAACUAUUUGUAGAGACGUCAGUGGAAGGAAAAGAUGAAUUCAGAUUUGAGAAUCCAGAGGAGUUCUAUAUGAUAUUCAAUCCUUGGUGUAAAGCUGAUGAUGUUUACAUGGAAGAUGAUAGCAAGCGUAAUGAGUACGUCUUGAAUGAUUUCAAUAGAUAUUACUAUGGUAACAGUAGGACGAUUGGUGGAAGUUUUUGGUAUCAAGGCCAGUUUGAGGCUGUCAUACUGCCAUGUGCUCUGCAACUUUUAGACCAAUCUGGUAUCGCAAAGCGUAACUAUUCAAGUCCCAUACAUGUGGUCAGAGCUCUGUCUGCUGUGUUGAAUAGCCAAGAUGAUAAUGGUGUCCUGGAAGGUAAUUGGUCUGGUGAUUACGAGGACGGUACUGAACCGACAGACUGGGCUGGUAGUGUAGCUAUACUACAGCAAUAUGUAGACACUGGUAAACCAGUCAAGUACGGGCAGUGUUGGGUUUUCGCUGGAUUAUUUACUACAGUAUUAAGAGCUCUAGGAAUACCAGCACGUACCGUCACCAACUUUGAGUCUGCCCAUGAUACUGACGGUAACCUGACAUUAGACUAUCAUUAUAGUGAAGACGGAGAACCCUUAGAAGACCUCAAUGAUGAUAGUGUUUGGAAUUUCCAUGUGUGGAAUGACUGUUGGAUGGCAAGACCUGAUUUGCCAGCAGGCUACGGUGGAUGGCAAGCAGCUGACGCAACACCUCAGGAAACCAGUGAGGGAAUAUUUCGUACUGGUCCUGCUUCCUUGGCUGCUAUCAAGAAUGGAGACGUCUAUCUGGGAUACGAUACUAAGUUUAUAUUUGCUGAAGUAAACGCAGAGUCGGUCAAUUGGAUAGUAUCAAAAGAUAAACAAUUACCAGAACCAGUGGAUGUGGAUCCAUUUAAAAUCGGUAAAAAUAUGAGUACCAAGGCAGUAGACAGCGAUGACAGAGAGGAUGUAACUCUACAGUAUAAACACCCAGAAGGUUCAGACCGUGAAAGACUGUCUGUAUUAUCUGCAAUCAAGCAUGUAAAAUCUGCAAAGAAACUCCAUAAAGACAUUAAAAAAGACGCAAGAUUUGAGGUGGACAUACCUGACGAAUUGAUGAUUGGUAAACCAGUUGAUGUUAAAAUCAAGAUCACUAAUGACCACAUGACUGAUUCUCGUGAAGUAGUUACCACGGUAACAUGCAAUACAGUUUAUUACACAGGUGUCAAAGCACAUAGAGUGAAGGUCGAUAAGGAGACUCUGAAAAUAGGCCCUGGGGAAACCAUUACUCAUGGGCUAACAAUUGAAGUAUCAGAUUAUCAGUAUCUGCUGACAGAAUGUGCUGCUUUAAAAUUCUUCAUCAUGGCUGGUGUGAAAGAUACUAAACAGACAUUUGCUGGAAAUUUUGACUUUAGAUUCCGCAAACCUGAUCUGGAAGUCACAAUUGACCCCUCUGGUGAGCUGACAAUAGGAGAUCCCUUCAAAGCUACUGUCAUGUUCACCAAUCCACUGCCGAUCACUUUACAGUUCUGUUCAUUUCGACUUGAAGGAGCUGGUAUCGAUGGACAGAUUAGAAAAACUGUCAGAAAUGUGCCAAGUGGCAAAGACACUGAAUUAGAAGUGAAACUGACACCAGUCAAAACUGGUCGCCGUAAAUUAUUGGCUAGUUUUCACUCAAAACAGCUCAGUGGUGUGACUGGCAUGGCAAGUCUAGAAAUAGUAGCAGCAGAAUAGCCUAAAGCAAUGAGCAGAAUAAAAAUAAGUUCAUAUGGUGGUGAACAGGCAUUUAUCUUUCAGCACAUAACAAUUUUGGAAAAACAAUUUUUUUUUUUUUUUCACUUGAGACUACGCCACCAUGCAAACUUAUUCUAUACAACAGUUCAAAUAAAGACCAUUUUUGUAGUCCAUCACUGCCAUGUAUGUUUGGCAAAAGCACAAUUUUAUUUCUACUUUAUAUCAAUAUUUUAACAAGAAGUUUACAGUCUUUGGUAGUAUCUGUUAAUUUGGGGCACACCAUUAUUCUGAGGAUGAAUAAACAUUUUGGGG